AUGCCAUUCAUCCCUUAUCUUACCUUCCCUGCGUCUAUCUUUUCUUCCCCCACGCUCAGCACUCUCCUUCCCCUUGUGCUCGGGUUUGGCCCGGGAUUCAUCAUCGAAUCUUCCUCAAAGGAUAAAAAGAACGGUUUCGCUGCGAUAGAAGCCAGAUUCAAUGCGCUCCGAAAGCCUCCACUGAGCCCGCCCGGUUGGAUCUUCCCGAUUGUAUGGGCCCUUUUAUAUCCCUCCAUGGGCUAUGCUGCCCACAGGGCAUGGACGACAGGCAUGGCAUCUGCCAAUCCAAGCGUGCACGACAUCACACAACGAGGAGCGACACUCUACACACUUCAGAUUGCAGUGAACAUGUGUUUCACACCUUUGUACUUUGGGCUGGGAAAACCGGUCGCGGGUUUUAUUGACAUCGCUACUCUGACGGGCAUGGUCUACUAUCUGGCAUAUCUGUGGAAGGAGGUGGAUUCAACAGCAACUUAUCUUCUUAUCCCUUAUAUGGCCUGGUUGAGCUUUGCGACGUAUCUAUGUGCCGGCCAGGGAUAUAUGAAUGGUUGGAAUUUUGAGAAAGGUGGAAAGAGAGAGGAAGGCAAAGCGGAGUAG